CCCAUUGCCGCUCGAAUCCUAGCAAGAUGUUGGACCCAUCUUCCAGCGAGGAGGAAUCGGAUGAGAUAGUGGAAGAAGAAAGCAAGGAGGUGCUGGCACCCAGCACAGGGGCCCGGCUCUCUCCUAGCAGGACCAGCGAGAGCUCAGGGGGGCUACAGCCGAGCAGCAGGAGCAGCAGCGUCCGUCCAUCCAGCCCUAGUCCAUCAGUGGUCAGUGAGAAGGAGAAAGAGGAGCUGGAAAGGCUGCAGAAGGAGGAAGAAGAGAGAAAACGGAAGCUGCAGCUCUAUGUGUUUGUCAUGAGGUGUAUCGCCUACCCCUUCAAUGCCAAGCAGCCCACCGACAUGGCGAGGAGGCAGCAGAAGAUCAGUAAACAGCAGCUUCAGACAGUAAAGGAUCGCUUCCAGGCCUUCUUUAAUGGAGAAACUCAGAUUGUGGCGGAUGAAGCGUUCAUGAAUGCUGUGCAGAGUUACUACGAGGUAUUCUUAAAAAGUGACCGUGUGGCCAGAAUGGUGCAAAGUGGAGGCUGUUCUGCCAAUGACUCUCGCGAGGUCUUCAAAAAGCACAUAGAAAAAAGAGUGAGAAGUCUUCCCGAGAUAGAUGGCCUCAGCAAGGAGACUGUUCUGAGUUCCUGGAUAGCUAAAUUCGAUGCCAUUUACAGAGGAGAAGAAGAUCCCCGCAAGCAGCAAGCCAGGAUGACAGCGAGUGCAGCCUCUGAGCUUAUUCUCAGCAAAGAACAACUCUACGAAAUGUUUCAACAGAUCUUGGGGAUUAAGAAGUUUGAGCACCAACUUCUCUACAAUGCAUGCCAGUUGGACAACCCUGAUGAACAAGCCGCCCAGAUAAGACGUGAACUAGAUGGCCGUCUUCAAAUGGCAGAUCAAAUUGCCCGGGAACGAAAGUUUCCAAAGUUUGUCUCAAAAGAAAUGGAGAAUAUGUACAUUGAGGAGCUGAAGUCUUCUGUUAAUCUGUUAAUGGCCAACUUGGAGAGCAUGCCGGUGUCCAAGGGUGGGUCGGAAUUCAAGCUCCAGAAGCUGAAGCGCAGUCAUAACACAUCCAUCAUAGACAUGGGGGAAGAAAAUGAAAACCAACUUUCCAAGUCCGAUGUUGUCCUGUCCUUUAGUCUAGAGGUUGUAAUAAUGGAAGUCCAAGGAUUAAAGUCACUUGCUCCAAACCGUAUCGUAUAUUGCACUAUGGAGGUGGAAGGAGGGGAGAAACUGCAGACUGACCAGGCAGAAGCUUCCAAACCAACUUGGGGCACACAAGGGGAUUUCAGUACCACCCACGCUCUACCUGCCGUCAAGGUCAAGCUCUUCACCGAAAGCACCGGAGUUCUUGCUCUGGAAGAUAAAGAACUUGGACGGGUUGUACUACACCCAACACCCAACAGUCCCAAACAGUCGGAGUGGCAUAAAAUGACAGUGUCAAAAAAUUGCCCUGAUCAUGACUUGAAGAUCAAAUUAGCAGUCCGAAUGGAUAAACCACAGAACAUGAAGCAUUGUGGGUAUUUAUGGGCGAUUGGUAAAAAUGUGUGGAAGAGAUGGAAAAAACGCUUUUUUGUCUUGGUCCAGGUCAGCCAAUACACAUUUGCCAUGUGCAGUUACCGAGAGAAAAAAGCAGAACCACAGGAGCUCCUUCAACUGGACGGGUACACAGUGGACUAUACAGAUCCACAGCCAGGCUUAGAAGGAGGACGAUCCUUCUUCAAUGCAGUCAAAGAAGGUGAUACUGUGAUCUUUGCGAGCGACGAUGAACAAGAUAGAAUUUUGUGGGUCCAAGCAAUGUACAGAGCGACUGGCCAAUCACACAAACCUGUGCCGCCGACUCAGGUCCAGAAACUUAACGCCAAGGGAGGAAAUGUACCGCAACUCGAUGCGCCUAUAUCACAGUUCUCUGGACUGAAGGAUGCCGACAGAGCUCAAAAACAUGGCAUGGAUGAAUUCAUAUCUUCCAACCCGUGUAACUUUGAUCAUGCCACCCUAUUUGAGAUGGUUCAGCGGCUUACAUUAGACCAUAGACUCAGCGACUCAUACUCUUGCCUGGGUUGGUUCAGUCCUGGUCAAGUGUUUGUUCUCGAUGAAUAUUGUGCCCGUUAUGGAGUAAGAGGCUGCCAUCGACACCUGUGUUAUCUUAGUGACUUAUUGGAAAGAGCAGAGAACGGAGCCAUGAUUGACCCAACAUUGCUUCAUUAUAGUUUUGCCUUCUGUGCGUCACAUGUACACGGCAACAGGCCUGAUGGCAUAGGAACUGUUACAGUGGAAGAAAAAGAGCGAUUUGAAGAGAUCAAAGAACGCCUUCGUUUGCUUCUGGAAAAUCAGAUCACACAUUUUAGGUAUUGUUUUCCAUUUGGCCGACCGGAGGGAGCAUUAAAAGCAACUUUGUCCUUACUGGAGAGGGUUUUAAUGAAAGAUAUAGUUACUCCUGUUCCUCAAGAAGAUGUCAAAAAUGUCAUCCGGAAAUGUUUGGAGCAAGCUGCUUUAGUCAACUACACCAGACUAUCUGAAUAUGCCAAAAUCGAAGAGAAUCAAAAGGAUGCAGAAAACGUAGGUCGCUUAGUAACUCCUGCCAAAAAGUUAGAAGACACAAUAAGACUGGCAGAGCUCGUCAUUGAAGUACUCCAGCAAAAUGAAGAGCAUCAUGCCGAGGGGAAAGAGGCAUUUGCUUGGUGGUCAGACUUAAUGGUAGAACACGCAGAGACGUUCCUUUCCCUUUUUGCGGUGGAUAUGGAUGCAGCUUUGGAGGUGCAGCCGCCCGACACAUGGGACAGCUUUCCAUUGUUUCAGCUCCUGAAUGAUUUCCUUCGCACUGACUAUAACUUAUGCAAUGGAAAAUUCCACAAACAUCUCCAAGAUCUGUUUGCUCCACUUGUUGUCAGAUAUGUCGACCUCAUGGAGUCCUCAAUUGCACAAUCAAUUCACAGGGGCUUUGAGCGUGAAUCGUGGGAGCCAGUAAAGAGUUUAACAAGUAAUCUGCCCAAUGUGAAUCUUCCAAAUGUGAAUCUCCCCAAAGUACCUGUAGCCCUACCAGUUAACCUCCCACAAAUGCCUAGCUUUUCUGCACCGUCAUGGAUGGCUGCAAUAUAUGAUUCUGAUAAUGGAUCAGCCACCUCAGAAGAUUUAUUCUGGAAACUUGAUGCCCUACAAACCUUUAUCAGAGAUCUCCACUGGCCUGAAGAAGAGUUUGGGAAGCACCUUGAGCAGCGCCUUAAGCUCAUGGCGAGUGAUAUGAUUGAGUCAUGUGUGAAAAGAACUAGAAUUGCAUUUGAAGUGAAGUUGCAGAAAACCAGCAGAUCAACAGAUUUCCGGGUGCCUCAGUCAAUCUGUACCAUGUUUAACGUCAUGGUUGAUGCAAAAGCACAGUCAACAAAACUCUGCAGUAUGGAAAUGGGACAAGAGCACCAGUACCAUUCAAAAAUUGAUGAGCUAAUUGAAGAAACAGUCAAAGAAAUGAUCACACUUUUAGUUGCAAAGUUUGUGACAAUUCUCGAGGGAGUGCUUUCUAAACUUUCCAGAUAUGAUGAAGGGACCUUAUUUUCUUCAUUUCUUUCAUUUACAAAACCGGGAAUGGACCUCGCUGAUGCCUAUGUCACAUUUGUGCGUCACUCUCAGGAUGUCCUUCGUGAUAAGGUCAAUGAGGAGAUAUAUAUAGAAAGGUUAUUUGAUCAAUGGUACACCAGUUCAAUGAAUGUUAUUUGUACAUGGCUCACUGACCGUAUGGACCUACAACUUCACAUCUAUCAGCUGAAAACCCUCAUUAGGAUUGUCAAGAAAACCUAUCGAGACUUCCGAUUACAAGGUGUACUGGACUCUACGCUAAACAGCAAGACCUACGAUACAAUCCGAAACCGGCUAACAGUGGAGGAGGCAACAGCUUCCGUCAGCGAAGGAGGAGGCCUCCAAGGCAUAACCAUGAAGGACAGCGAUGAAGAAGACGAGGAAGACGAUUAAAUAUCUGGUUGUAGAGUCUGAAUGGGAUGUAGCCCGAUACCCAGUGCAUGUCUGUUAGCCACAUUAGGGAAUUUUCUGUCCGCUCCAAAUGCCCAUAAGAAAUUUACCAAUACAAUUGUCAUUCUAGCUGUGUGAUUCCAAACA